AUGGCCGCCUCGUCCCGCCCCGUGCACUGCCCGCUGAUGCUGCUCCCGCUGCUCCUGCUGCUGCCUCGGCCGGCGGCUGCCCAGGCCCCGCAGGCGCUGACAGCCGCGCAGCAGAGCUGCCUGCUGCCCGCGGACGACGGCCCGUGCCGGGCGCUGCUGCCGCGCUGGUACUACGACCGCUACACGCAGACCUGCGAGCCCUUCUCCUACGGGGGCUGCCAGGGCAACGCCAACAACUUCGAGAGCUUGGAGGACUGCGAGAAGAGCUGCUGGCUCAUCCGGAAAGUCCCCAAAAUAUGCCGGAUGGAGGCUGACCCAGGACCAUGUCGAAGUUAUCUAUCAAGAUAUGCCUUCAAUCUAAGUUCAAUGAUGUGCGAGCCAUUUAUCUAUGGUGGAUGCUAUGGAAAUGACAACAACUUCAGAAACCACGAUUCUUGUAUGGAGACAUGUGCACCUCAAAAAACUGGCCCCUCACUGUGCUACAGCCCAAAGGAUGAAGGACUGUGUUCAUCUUCUAUACCUCGCUACUACUACAACUCAAAGAGUAAACUGUGUGAGGAGUUAAGCUACACUGGCUGUGGUGGAAAUUCCAAUAACUUUGUUAGCAAGGCAGAUUGUUAUAAAGUCUGUAGGGAAGCAGGGAAUAAAAAAACAAAAAUCAAGCCUAGAAGUAAAGUCAUGAGGAAAAUGAUGAGAAAACUACAGAAAAAACCCUCAUGAAUCUAACCUAAAUCUGAAAAAUCCCAAAUGUACUAUUUUGAUAUAAUUUUCCUCUUGUGUAAUACAACAUGUACACAGUUUUAUGUACCAAAAACUAGUUCCGUCUUUCAGAAUUUUUUUUUUUUACAUCAGAUACAGGUUUGUUUGAGUUUUUUUAGACAACUAGUAAUGUGAAUUGGUUUGAGUUUGGUUUUUUUCUGUUGUAUUGUAUCUGCAGUACUACUUUGCUAAAGACCAAUAUUUAAAUUUCCAUAAUUCUAUGGGAAAAUGUUACUACUGUGUUGGGAGAAUAGCCCAGCUGUUACAAACCUAUAAGCUUUGAAAUACCCAUGAUCUCUUUGUUUUGACUAAGGGGAGCACAAAGCAAGAUCCCUCCCCUUAAUUUGAAACAUAUCUUUUUACUGAACU